UCGACGUCCAUGUUUUCCUAAAAAGACGACGUUUUAGAAAUUUUGUCUUCUGUCAUUAAAUUUAUUUCCGUCAUUCAAUCGAACUCUCAGAAAUUGUUGAAAUGGAAUAAAUACCGAAUUGCUUGCCUACAAAAACCAACGUAUCAUAUUCAAAGAUAAAUAGAUGGAAGGGUCAUCCACUGACCAGAGCUGUGAAGCUCUCGCAGAAGAAGCUUCAAAGAAAUACAGUAUCAAAAAUCUAUUAUUUUAUCGAGCAAUUCCCAACUAUCAGAUACCAGUGAAUACAAAUGGCUACAAUGUUUACAGUUGUAAAGAUUGUGGAGAUGGGUUCCUACUGGAAUCGAGCUACAGAAACCACAUUCAGAGAAAAUCCGUUCUGAUUAAUUAUCAAUGUCGCAUUUGUGUAAGCUCACGACGUCAUUUAAUAUUCUAUAAUCGAUGCAAUUUGUUGUCACAUAUAAGAUCUCAUACAGUGAAGACAGCAACUAUUAACGUCUCAGAUUUAUCGGUCGAUCCCCUGCCAUCAAAUUUUUUCAAAACCAAGAAAAAUAACACAAACCCCCCGAUGCCACCAGCUGUACAAAUUACUUCAGCACCUUCAGAUAAAUCACAAACAGAUAAUCAAAUGAAAAAGAUUUCUCAGAGUGGUACCAUUUGCAGUGAUUGUGGACAAAACAUAACUAUGACUACUGGCGUUUUAUAUAAAGACCGUGCCAGUCAUUAUAUGCAAUAUACAAAUCAAGUGUAUUCUUGUCCCAUUUGCUUAUUUAAUUUACCCACAGCUUGUGGACUUAAGGCUCAUUUACGUCUACACCUCAAAAAGCCACCAUUUAUUUGUCCAGAGUGUGGCAUAGGAUUGAAUAAUAAAAGCGUAAUUUAUCCUUACAAUCAUGGGUGUGAAGGCUUUAAUAUGAUGAGAGCUACUGCUCGAUGUCAGUGCCCUGCUGAGAAAUGUAAAAUUUUUCAUCCCAAUUACUUUAAGAAUCAUAUGACAGCAAACCACUUUAAAGUAAUAUAUAAAUGCUCUAGUUGUGCAGUUGCUUGUUUCAGUGAGUCUACUAUUAUCAAACAUGCAGUAUCCCAAAAGCAUGAUAUAAGCCCUAAUCGGUUUUAUCAAUGCGAUUUGUGCCCUGGAAGACUUGUUAUGGUAAAUCAAACUAACAGACAUAUUAAGAGCCACAAUCAAACCACUAUCUACCCAUGUUGGACUAAAACUUGCAUGAAUAUUCACUUUAAAACAGUUAACGACCUCAUUAUCCAUUACAUCGACAGACAUUGUCAAAAUAACUGUGAACUCAGAAGAUUGUUACUCAGUAGUUUACCACCUGAAGAGGGUUCUCUGCAACAAGACACAAGAAUGUAUCGUAUUUUGAAAAGAUGUGAUCAGUGCAUGCGAAGUUUUACUUAUAAAUGCCAAUACGGAGUUAUAAAUGCUUUACCAAAUACAUGUCCAUUUAAAUGUGUAGCUGGUGCCAAGUCUUCAUCGAAUAAAGUAACGAUUAGAUGUCCCUUGUGCUCGAUGAAUAUUGACCAGUCUUGGGAAGUUAUAAAAGAUCAUUUUGCAUUACACCAUCAAGAACAUCGUUGUCUCGAUGCUAAAAUAUCAAUUACUAAAUUAUCAAAUGCUAAAAUAUCAGCUACACUGAAUAAAAAACAUCCUGUGGGUAAUAAAAAUAAGGUUAUUAACAGGGCUAUUAAUAAACGUUCCACUAGAAGAGCUAGACGAAAGGCCCCAAAAAGUCGGAUUGACGUUGGAACUAUUAUACUUAACGAAAUAACAGGUAGAUCGAAUAAUUACGUUUGUGGCAAAUGUCAACAUGAAAGUGAAACUAAAGAAUUGCUAGAAAAACACAUUUUAACCCACAGAGAUCAAUGUAUGGCAUAUCAGUGUAUGGAAUGUGGAGAAUGUUUUGUUGUGAAACAAUCAUUUUCAACUCAUUUACUUUUGAAUCAUGCCAUAUUCAACGUCGAGGAAUACAUAAAUAAAAAGAAAUGCUUUAACGAAAACGCUCUUACCAAAUGUGUCAAAACUGUUGUUGAAGAACCUCUCAAAGAAAACCAGUGCAAAAUUUGUAGAGAACAAUUCGAAUGUUCUGAAGAUUUGGAAAAGCACUUUAGAACUCAUGGCAUGGCUUUCUUGAUCAAAAACUCUUCUAGUAAAUCUAAUUCAUAAGUUAUAAGUAGGUAGGUAAUUCUAAAGAGCCUCUGACUGACAAUGUUACAUGUUUAGUACAUGCGUGGGUGGGACGUGGGACAUUAAAAUAGUUAAAUCGUUAUCUUGCGCUGCACUCAUUUCUCGCGUUUCCUCUUUUGACCUUAGUUGAUUUUGAGUUUUUCACUAUCUUAAAAAAAUGCUUGAGUUUGUAGUUUAAUUGUAAGUAGGUAGUUUUAAAAAAUGACCAUUCACUUUUGCGACAUCCAUAAGAUUGUCAAAAUAAAUAGGUAGGUACUUUGCUUCUCUGUUACCACCACUGUUUUUAUUGUUAAGUUUUGACCAAUUACUUAGUCCUUAAAAUAAAAAAUGAAACGUAAGAGUUG